UUAUUUACCAAAAGUUUUUCAAAUAUCUUGGACAUCAAGGGUAACAAGCUAGGAAAUUGUGUUCUAGUUUGCAGGAUUAUACCACAAGCAAACAAUUUCUUUUUAAUUCGUUUUUCAAAAAGCGGAAUUGUCAUAAAAGAGUUAUCAAAGUAAAAGCAAUAACCUUUUUCGGCAAAUAGUUUGCUGAAAUCCAGGAUGACACUUUCUUCCAAUGUAUCACUAGUACCAAAUGUUUUUUGACCCUCGAAAUAUAUGUCAUAACAAAUGGAUUAAAUCGGGCAUUUAUUUAAGUUUAUAUAUGACACUGACAAAUUAAAAAUACUUCAAUUAUGUCAUAUCUUAGGUUCUAAUUUCAGUAAUAUUACAGUUGAAUCUAAAUAAAUGUAAUCUAUUAAAAUCACACAAAUUUUCGGAUGUAGAAAAAAUCAAAAAUACUAACUAAACAUUUUUCAAGAUUUUUGGUAUAUACAGGACUUAAUUGCAGAGCAAAUAUGUCAUCGUACAAAAGAGAAACAUUGAAAAAUAGUGAUACACCAUCUUUUCCAACAUUGCUUACUUCAAAAUCAAGCCAUAGGUGGUCUAUGGAUUCAUCCCACUACGAACACAUGUUUUCCAAACAAUAUUGCGACAGUAAAAGAAGUAUGCGCAAGUCUUAUGAAUUAAGUUCCACAUCGUCAAUAGAGAGACUAUCAGUAUUUUUCAAAAGGGGUUCCGAGAGAGUUCUCUUUGCUCCUGACCAAUACGGGAGGUAUGUGAACAAAAUGUCCAGUAAAUCCAGUAAAUCCAUGGUUGACACCAUUGCACUAAACAAUCAAUGGGCUCUGAAGUCGGAACGCAGAAAACCUGUGAAACAGUUUUGCACGGGUAGCAGGUAUUUAGGGGAAUGGAACUAUUUUGGGAUGUCCGGCCAAGGUGUUUACAGAUAUCCUCAUGGUGUUAUAUAUGAAGGACCAUUUAAUACUAAUGGCAUGUUUCACGGCUUUGGAACUUUAACUUAUCCGAAUGGACAACAAUUCCAUGGAGCAUGGGAAAAUGGUCACCUUGUUACCAAACUUAAAUCAGCAUCUGGUGAAAAUGUACCUACCUUGUUUCACGUUCCAGAUAGAAGAUUUUCCUAUGAACAGAAGUAUGGUCUCGGUGUUCCUGGUAAAGAGUACCUUACAAAUAGACAACCCACUCCUAAAUUGUCGAAUGGAUGUUAUGAUGUAGGGGAAGGUACCUAUUGCCCAUCAAAAGGAUACAUUUUAUCAUAUACUACAGAAUAUUAUGAGCGAAAAUUUAGUUUAGAUAGGUCUUCUGUAGUUGAUUACAGGUUUCGUUUAUUAAACAUGGAAGAUGAAGAUUGGCAAUAUUAUAAAGACAAUGAAGUGUUAGCAGAUCUAAAAGCCCAUAUCGACAAAAACUUUAUUAUCGGCAAAGAAAGAGUCUUAGAAAUACCUAUACAGAAAAAAAUAGAAUGGAUUAAAAAGUAUUGUCGAAGUAACCCAGAAUAUCCUGUUGGAUAUGUACCUCAACUGUACGAAGUAUUCACAACGGGCGCCAAAGAUGACAAAAUGCGAGUUGAACAAGAGUACGAGAAAGCACCAAAAUAUUGUGAUGAGGAUUGCCCAUCAUCUGACCCAACACCAAACAAAUUGUUUUCAUCAACAUUUACUACAAAGGUCAGUAGAGGAUUACGAAAGAAAACUUUGGAAAGUCUAAAUGCUUUUCGUCGAAAAAAGCCUACGAUUAAAAAAAGUAUUGGCGGGACAUCAUACAAAUUAUCGAAUAAUUUGUCACUAAAAACUUCCGAAAAGGAUUUGUUGUGGAUGUAUACACAUAGUCCUCAUUCCAGAAAAAGAAGUACGUAUUCAGUAAAGACUGUAGAUGAUCAAACGCAAGAUAUUAAAAAAGGUAUACUUAAAGCUGAGCCUGAGGAAAUUGGAGAUAGCGUUGCUGCCUUGGAAGCUAUUAAAGCUACUGCAGCAAGAACAGCAGAUAUAUUACACCAAGACCUAGAAACUGAUAUUAUUAACUUAUCAUUAUCAGAAACAACUUCAACACUAACGCAACAGCAACUUCUUUCUGCCACUAGCACUUUAGAAUCGCUUCUUUAUAAACACGACAAAAAAGGUGAAAAACCGGACGUUGCAGACAGAUCAACAGAAAUUUCUUUAGCUAGUGGCGAGGUUAUAAUUCCCUUAAAAACCGAUAGUCUACGUUUGGAGCCCAUCUUAGAACCAACAAUUAUUCCGAAAAAGGAGAAACGAUUAUCGCAUGAGAUUCUUAAAACAAAAAAAGGAAGAAUUACUGAAAGUUCUAGUGAUGGAGAAAUCGUGGAAAAAGAGUUAAUUAGGCCCAAGCUGAUCAUAUCAGAAGCUAGCAUAUGCUACGUUGCUAGAAAACCUGAGGAUGUCAUGAAUAUGGGCCAAAGGCGAACUAAAAAAAUAUAUCUAAAUGACAGUAAAUAUCAAAAUCUAAAUUAUAAAUAAUUGUAUUAUAUACAUCAGAAUAGUUCGAAUUAAAAUAUUUUUAGAUUGAAGAGUUACGAUUUGUAUUGAAGUUUUUGUAUGUAUACUCAAUAUACAA